CCUCACAGGCAGUGUAGGCAUUUGGCGUGGCAGUCAGCUGUUUAUUCUCUGCAGUGACCACACCAGCACACAGGACCUGUCCCAGUGCAAGGCCAGUCUGUGCAGAGGAGUGUUCCUGCUGUGGGCUGCAGGGAGCACCUCAUCCAGGUUCAGCAUUUCUUGUGCUGCCCAGGGACACAUCAGAGCUCAACUCUGAUACCAGAAGUCUCUUUUUUUUCAGAAGCUGGAAGAUCACUUUCUAGGAAGAUCACUCAAAUGUGCCUUCUACUGCUUGACCCAUGGGUCAGUCCUCCUCUUCCACACCCUCUCAUACAGAGGGCAGUGGUUUGGCCUCCAGCUUUGACAAGUUUUUUAAGGAAUUCAAGCUAGAAAGCAAAAUUGUCUCUCAGGAAACCAUCAGGGAAAUUCAAUCACACCUGAAGACAGAGAACCUUCAGAGAGUGGUUUCUACAAUUGGUAAAGCAUUGAAAGACAUUGACAAUGCCCCUCUGAACAUUGCUGUGACCGGGGAGUGUGGGACAGGGAAGUCCAGCUUCAUCAAUGCCCUGCGGGGAGUGGGGCAAUACGAAGAAGGGGCUGCCCCUACUGGGGCAGUGGAGACAACCUUGAAGAGAACCAGAUAUGAAAACAAAAAGUUUCCCAAUGUGAUAUUAUGGGACCUGCCUGGCAUGGGAACCACUAAAUUUCCACCACAGACGUAUCUGCAGGAAAUGAAAUUUGGGGAGUAUGAUUUCUUUAUUAUCAUCUCUGCUACACGCUUCAAAGAGAGUGAUGUGCAUCUGGCUACAGCAAUUCGAAAAAUGAAGAAGAAUUUCUACUUUGUUAGAACUAAAGUGGACAGUGAUUUACAUAAUAUAAAAAUGGGUAAACCCAAAAAUUUCAAAAAGGAUGAAAUCCUGCAAAGGAUCCGCAAUGACUGUGUGAAUCAUCUGCAGGAGGCUGGUAUAAAUGAUGCUCAGAUCUUCUUAAUCUCUAGCUUUGAGUUGUCUGGCUAUGAUUUCCCAAGCCUGGAGACCACCCUUCUGAGGGAGCUCCCAGCCCACAAGCGCCACAUCUUCAUGCAAUACCUGCCAAAUGUUACUGAGGCUGCCAUUGACCGGAAGAGGGAUUCCCUGAGACAGAAGAUAUGGUUGGAGGCCCUGAAAGCUGGAGCAUCGGCCACCAUCCCUUUCAUGGGUUUGAUCACUGAUAAUGAGGUAGAAAACCUGGAGGAAACUUUAACGCUUUAUAGGUCUUACUUUGGGCUGGAUGAUGCAUCCCUGGAAAUCAUAGCCAAGGACUUGCACGUGUCAGUGGAGAAACUCAAAGCAAACCUUAGGUCUCCCCAUUUGCUAUCAGUUGAGAAGGAUGAUGACCCCUUAGGGGAAAAACUGUUGAGAUAUGUGGAAAAAUUCUGCUCUGUUAGUGGGGGAUUCAUUGCCCCUGGUGUUUACUUUUGGAAGAUUUUCUAUUUGCAAAAUUAUUUCCUUGAUACCGUGGUGAGUGAUACUAAAAUUCUUCUUAGAAAAGAAGAGAUUUUUAAGGAUUCUGUGGGCUCCGGGCAAGCCUAUUUACUUCAGAAUGCUGGGAAUGAAAAUGGGAAAAGUGAGACAGCAAGCUCCUGAAUUAUUCUUGGUGUUGGCCUGGCACUGGUGCCUGAAAAGUUGAGUUAGGACUUCCCUGAAGCAAUCCUGACCCACUGCCCUCAAGGUGUAUCACAGACAUUUCCAUAAUUCACUCUUAAACCAUGAACUUAGUGACUGUUAUUUGACAAUGAGAGCUAUCAGCUCUAAAGAAUCCUUUUCUAUGAUCCUUUCAUGGAAAAUGAAGGACAGGAAUCUGUGAUUUCUGCUUGGUGGAGAGAAUAAUACUUUGUAUCAUGGUUACUACAUAGCCAGCACUGGUGUUUCUACUGACACACUAGUUUAAAAAUGGCUAUGCACACAGAAGGUCCUCAAAAAUGAUUUUUAAAUGACUGCAUACAUAGUGCAUCUUUGCUGUUCCUGACAUUCUGUUGUGAAUUCAUAAAUUCUGAUCAUUGAUAGAUUAUUAAUUAAUGUGACUGAUAGCCUCCUUGUCCUUUCUAGGCUAAUCAUUUUAUUUAAAAACAUAAAAGAUGGUGAGCUGAACAUGUGUCACAAGAAAUGAAAGAGAAACAUUAGCUAAGGAAAAGCUUUAUCUGGGGUACACUGUGAGAGGAACACACAUAUACGAUGGGAACAUACUCCAAGGGCUGCAUAUUGCAUGUCUAGACACCCCUUGGCUGCUAUCAGUGUAUUUUGUGCCUGAACUUGAGAGGUUAGGGAAUAAGAGACAAGAGGAUUUUGAUAAAUCUAAGUGGAAAUUUAAAAAAUGCAAAAGGUAUUUAGAUAUACGCAAUCCUUCAUCUAAUAAGGGAAAUGCAAGAGGGGAGGGUGUUGGGGGACUGGGAUAGGCCAGUGAUGGGUAUUAAGGAGGGCACACAUUGCAUGGUGCACUAUUAUAUGCAAAUAAUGAAUCAUGGAACAUUACAUCAAAAACUAAGGAUAUACUGUAUGGUGACUAACAUAACAUAAUAAAAAAUUAUUAUAAAAAAAGGGAAAUGCAAAUUGGGAAUGACAUCUACACUAAGAUAUCAUUUACCUCUUAUUAGAUUGGGGGAAAUUGCAAAGUUUGACAUUCUGUGGGUGGCAGUGUAGAAAAAUAGUUGUGGUCACACAAUUUUGGUGGGUACACAAAAUGAUCUAGCCUGUAAUGUGGUAAAUUAGACCAUCUCUAGGAAAAUUACACUGACAUUUACACUUUGCCCCAGUGGUCUCACUUUGAAGAAUCUGGGCCAUAAAAAAUGAGAGUAGAUUGGUGGUUGGCAGGCAUUGGAAGUGGGGAAAUGUGUAAUGCUGUUGAAAGAGCGCAUCUUUCAGUUAUAAGGCGAAUGUAUAGUAUGGUGACCGUAGUUAAUAAUACUGUGUAAUAAUAGUAUUAUACAACAAUACCUGAAAUUUACUAAGAGAGUAGAUCCCAAGCUGCUCAACACACACACACAAGAUAAAUAUGUGAGGUGAUGGAUGUAUUAAUGAACCUUGGCUGCUGUGCUUAUUCCUCCAUAUGUACCUAUGUAUCAAAUCAUCACAUUGUACACUUUAAAUAUAUAUGAUUCUAUUUGUCAGUCUUACCUAAAUAAAGCUGAGGGGGAAGGAAUAAAAAAGCUAGAAAAAUUCCAAAAUAUAUAUGAUUAAAAUUAUUAAUUGCAGCACUAUUUGAAAUGAUAAAACACAAAAUUCAAAUGUUACAGCCACAAAAUAGAUAGAUGACCUGACAACUCUACAAAGGAUCGAGUAAUAUCCUAUACAUUGCUUUGCUCUCAUCUCCAGGAUAUUUUUUUCAGUGCAAACAGUAAGAUGGAGAAGUUUGUGUAUAGUCUGGUAGUGAUGAUCUAAGACAGUUCAAAAGAUGAAUAUAUGUUUGCAACAUGUUCUUCAAUUAAACACGAGACAACUGCAGUAAUAACACUCAGUUAUCUGUAGGGGAAUUAAUGGUACCUUGGGGAGAGACAGUGUAAGGGUUAGACUUUACUCAAUGCAACUUAUUUUACAUUGGAACAUGCAAAUGUUUUACAAAGCUAUGUAACUGUGUGAUUAAACAAAAAGACUCAACAUUUAUAGAAAUAAAUGCAUAACGCAAAUUAAUCUAA